AGCAAAUCGUUAUCGUGUCAAUCAUUAUUAUUCUUUAUCUGAAGAUUAGUUGAAAUGUUUAAUAAUAGGCGGGUACUAAGAUCAUAGAUUAUUGCAAUCAAUAGUGUUUGACGUUAUAAAUGUUGAAUAAGAAUAUAGUUUUCAGUUGUGUAAAUUAACAUUAUGAACUCACUUUAGUUAGAUAGCUAUUGCAAAUCAGAAAGCACUAAACAAAGGUUAUGUGUUAGUAUAAGACUCUUUUGAGGCGUCCACUCAUCUAAAAAGAUAUUGAUGUCACAUCUAGCAUACUGUGAUUACUGUAGGGUCUCAUAACAAUACGAAAUAUUCGUCAAAUUUUUCCUGGUUUUCAUUAGUUAUUUAAUUAAAGUAAGCCGUUGUUAUAGGACCAAGGUCAGAAUUUUCAAUACGAAUGUCAAGACAGUUCUACUGUAUGGGGCGGAAACUUGGAGAACUACGAAAGCCAUCAUCUAGAAGAUACAAGUGUUUAUUAACAGCUGGCUACACAAAAUACUUGAGAUCCGUCGGCCAGACACUAUCAGCAUCAACCAAUAGAGUAGGAGAGAACAAACCAUAUUCCAUUGGAGGAAGAAAUCAAGAAGUAGAUAGGACACACAUUCAUGAAAGUACCCAACUGUAUCACAAGGCAAGCCCUCACUUGGAAUCCUGAAGGCCAAAGGAAAAGAGGAAGACCAAAGAACACAUUACGUCCAGAAAUGGAGACAGACAUGAAAAGAAUGAACAACGCUUGGAUAGAACUAGAAAGGAAGGCCGGGGACGCAGUGGGUUAGAGAAUGCUGGUUGGCGGCCUAUGCUACAUUGGGAGUAACAGGUGACUCAUGUAUCAAAACACCAAUAACUGAUCCAAGAGAUUAUUUAUCAACUAAUGAACAAAUUGAAAUGAAUAAGAAUAAAACUAGUGAGAAAAUGAUCACUUUUAUUAAUCAUCAAAAAAAUCCAUAUAUCAACCAUAAUAUUAAUCUAACUGAAGAUAAUGAUGAUAAUACACCAAUACAAAAACAAACUAUUUAUCCAUUUAAAACAAAUUCAUUUCGUUCAGUUAAAAAUAAACAUAAAAAUUCGAAUAAAAAUAUGAAUAGACAACAACAACAGCAACAAAAAAUGAGAUCAAAUUAUGAAAAUGAGAUUAAUUUAAAACCAGAAAUUAAAUUAAUUGAUUCAAGACCAAGAACAAGAUUAUGUAUUCAAUCAGGAAUAGAAACUCAUACAAAAACAAUGACACUUCAAAGAAAUUUAAUAACCGAUGAUAGUUUAAAUAGUAAUGAUUUAAAUAUGAUCGGUUAUAUUUCAUUACCUAAUCAAAAAAUAUCAAUAAGAAAAAUAAUCAAUAAAUUAUCAACAUCACCAUCAAUGCCAUUACCAAAUGUAAUCUCUACUGAUCAUUGUAUAUAUAAUGUUAAUUUAUCUGAAAUAGAUCAUUAUAGUGAACCAUAUAAUAGUAGUAGUACAUGUGAAUCAUUAAUUGAAUAUAAACAAACAGAUAAAUUAAUCAUGGAUAAUCAAAAUGAUCCAGAAUUAACAGUGAAGCUUGAUAGAAUUGCUUGUGAAAUUGGAUUAUUACAUCAUCAGAGAAGAAUGGGACGUAAAAGUUCACUAUCUUCACAAUGUAAUGUUGAUGGUUCAAUAUCAAUAAAUAGUCCAUGUUCAGAAUCAAAUCUACCUAAAGCUGAUUUGGAUCAAUUUUUAACAUUGGAAAUAUCAACUAUUGUUUCUAAUCCAGCUUAUGUUAGUUCAUCUAAAAAUGAUACAACAACAACAACAACUCUUCAAACAAAUUCAACAUUUUUAAAUAAUUCAAAAAUUACCGAUUCAAGACACAGAACUCAUUUAUCGCGAGUUGAUUCAUCUUUAACUAAUACUAAUCAAAUCAAAUCACAAAAUCGACCAAAUAGUACAGGUAGUCCAAUUAUUAAAGAAUUUCUACGUCAUAUAUCACCAAAAUUAAGACGUAGUUUGUCAAGAAUUUCUAGUAGAAAAAAAUCUGAAAAUCAAAAACUAAAUCAAGAUGAUAAUCAUGAAACAAAUUUUGAUAAUCUUCAACCUUCUUCUAAUUCAUUUGAACGUUGUAAAUCAGAACGUAUCUAUCCAAAAAAAUCACUUCUUCGAUUUAUUCCACGUUGUUCAAGUCGUUCAAAAGAACGUAAAAAGAAACAGAUUUCAACUACAGAAGCAAAUACUCAAAUCAUUCCAUCAUAUUCGCUGAAUACUAAUAUUAUGAGAAGUGAUACAAAUAAAACUACAACAGAUGAAGAUAAGAAAUCUAACAAUUCAUCAGAGAUCGAUCAACAAUCUUAUCCCUUGUCUCAUGAUCAUCACCGAGAUAAGUAUUAUUCACGUUAUUAUGAAAAUUAUUUUAACAAGCACCCACAGUCACGUCCUGUAAGUAUCGCUUUGCCAGUUGACAAGGAUAGAAAUGAUGAAAUUACAUCUUCACCGUAUAAUCAAUUACAAACUAAUUGUCAGCUUAAUCAGAAUAGCACUCUGAAAACUAAAGAAUUUGAUCAUUUGACUUUUGAUGAUCGUCCAGAACCGACUUACCUUAAUGCUGCUUUAAAUGCAUUUGGUUAUGGUUGUAAACCAGAUUGGAAACAUUUUUGUGUUUCCCCAUCAGCUAGACGUUUGGCUCAUGCAAGACAGUCAAUGAAAGUAAAACAAAUUGAAAGUGAUUCAUGUAAUACAACUUUAUCCAACAAUAAUACAGAAUAUGAUGAAAUUUCAAACAAUAAAAAAAAGGAUUAUGAUGAUCAUGAAAAUGCGAAUAAAAUAACAAAUGAGAAAUGUACUGAUAGUAAACUUAAACAAACUAUUGAAUAUUCAUGUGAUGUAAAAUGAAACAAUGAAACAUGUAAAUGUACCAAUAAACAAAAUACAAUCAAUUGAAAAAUGUACAAUAAUUGAUAAUGAAACUAUAUUGGAUACAGAUCAUUGUAAAGUGUUUAUUGAACAACAGAAUAAUCAAUAUAAUAUACAACACAAAGAUGAUCCAAUAAUUUUAUGCAGAUAUGUACUUGAUAAAUCUAGAAUAGAUCAAAAUAGAAAUAAUGAAUUAUUUGAUAAAUCUACUAAAUUAAAAGACAAUACUACUUAUAAAUCAGAUCAAUUGUUAAUAAGUCUUACGACAGAUGAUAUGCAUGAACAGAAUGAUGAUGAUAAUAAUAAUAAUAAAAUGAAUUCAAAUAAUAUUAUAUUAGCUAUUAAAUCUAAAACACCACCAAUAAAGCGUAGAAACACUGCAUUUGCUAUUAAAGCUAAAUCUGCCAGAUUAAAACAACCUUUGAAUAUAUUUAUACCAGCAAACAUUCGUUGUCAUAAUAAAUUAUCAGCAGCAAUAUCUAAAACCAAUGAAACUGAUUGUAUUCAAUUGAAAAAGAAAGAAGAACUUACAACUUUAUUUGAAGAUGAACAAUCAUUAAAGAAUCAAGACAUUACUGCUACUACUAAUACUACUAAUACUACUGAUACUACUACUACAAUUAAUAAUAAUAAUACACCAUCAGAUAAUUUAUCAACAUUAUUCUAUUCAUCACUAUCUAGAUCAUCAAGUUUGAAUGAAAUUAAUGAAUUAAUAAAAAGGCAUUCAUCUUCUUCAAAUGAAUUAUACAAUCAUUCAGACACUGUUCAUAACAAUAAUAAUAAUAAUAAUAGUCCAUUUGAACAUCUUAAAAAUACUGAGAUUAAUAAUAAUUCUUAUUUAGAAUUAUCAACAAAUAAUGAUAUAGAUUAUGUAAUUCAUCUACUGAAAUAUAUACAAACAUUUGAAUAUCAAUUAAUGAAUGUGAUUAAUUUAGCAAGAAAUACAAUUGAUCAGAAUAAUCAUUCUAUAAAUGAUGAUGAUGAUGUAUUAAAAUUGAUAAAUGAAAACUUAAAUAAUGAUGAAUUAUUAACAGGUAUUGGUCAUAUACAAAUGUUAAUAAAUGGAAAUCUUACAAUGUUACGUAAAUUAUGCAAAGUUUACUUAGAAACUAAUUCACAAAUAAAAAAACAACAAUCAAUGAAUUACAUUCCAUUAAAAAGUGAUUUAGAAGGUUAUUGGAAUUUAAUAUUAUUACAGUAUAGACGUUUUGAAUCACAAUUUCCAAUAUUAAUUAAUUGGAUUUCAAAUGAUUUUCGUAAUGAAUUACAAAUACUUAUUAAAGAAUCUCUUGGUGAUCUACCUAGUUGUUCAUAUGAAUUCAUUAGUUCUUCAUAUAUGAAUAAAGAUUGUAAGAAGAACUCUACUAAAAAAACAAAUAUAGCUUCAUAUAAAAAGAAAUUAUCUGGAAUCAAUAAAAAUCAUGAUAAAUCGAUACAAUUACAUAGAACAAUUCAACAACGUAUUAAUAAUGCACGUAAACAAUUAUUAGAAAAACAAAAAAUUCUACAUGAAAAACAUGAUAUGACUAUGAUUAC